AAAUGCAAUCGAGUUCCAGUUUACCAGUAGCGUGGCUAACAACCAAACAUCUUGCUAGAUAAUUUUACCAAACAGCCUCUUGAACAGAAAGAAAUGGAAGAAGAAUUAUACGAUUAUGAUGAGGAUCUCGAUGAAAAGCCUUUUGUCAAUGAAGAAGAUGAAGAAGAUGGAUCAGCUGUUAUAGGGGAUGAAAAAAGAAUAAAGAAAUCUUUAGUAAAAGUAAUGAUUCUUGGAGGCAUUGGUGUUGGUAAAACCUCUUUAAUGAAUCAGUACUCAGAUGGUACAUUUGAUGAAAAAUACAAAGUUACAAUUGGAGCUGAUUUUGUUGUGAAAAAAAUUACAAAAGAUACUGAGCAUUUAACAUUACAGAUUUGGGAUACAGUAAGUCAAGACAAAUUCCGUACUUUAGGACUAAGUUUUUACCGAGGAACAGACUGUGCUUUGUUAGUGUAUGAUGUUACGCAGCCAGAGACGUUUAAACAUCUUGAAUCAGUCCUUGAGGAGUUUUUGACCAAUGCUUAUCCAGAAGACGAACACAAUUUCCCAUACAUAGUCAUUGGGAAUAAGAUAGAUAAAGAAAAUAGAUUGGUAACAAAAGAGGAAGCUAUGAAAUGGUGUAAAAAAAAUGGAAAUAUUCCCUAUAUGGAAACCAGUGCUAAAGAUGGAACCAAUGUUGAAGAAGCCUUUAUGUCAUUAGUUGUAAGCAUGUCAGGAACAGUGGUUGAAUAAUUAAGAGAUUUCUAUCUUAUGAAUGCAGUGACAAAUAUGUUCCUGUUCCUGCAGACAUAUCCUCAAACAAUACUGUUUUAUUUGCAUAAAUCAUAAACUGAAUUACCCAACAAUAGAAUGUAGGGUUCAAGCAGAUCUGGGAAUCACACUUAUACAUAUACAUCAUUCACAAAGAGGAGAUUUUAGAAAAUCACAAAUCGGUCCAGUCCUUCUUUCAUUAAUGGUAUAAACAUACAAAAGAACAAUGCAAUUCUUCCUUCUUUAUACUGAAUUAAAAAAAAACUUUCACAAAUAUCCUAUUUAUAUUUAAGAACAAUGAACAAAAUUAAACCAUAAAACAAGAUCUUGUUUUACUAAUCAUUGUUAAAGCUCCCAGCAUUCGAGCACACUUUAGCUACACUUUUGUUUCUCAUAAUCACACGUUUCAUGCAUGUCCUUGGCAACAAAUAAAUAUCAACAAAGCAUUAUUUCACAUUAUAAAAGUUUUAACUUUUGAAAUGUAUGUCAAACAAGUUCAAACGAGUGAAUUUAGCAAUAAAUAUAAUAAAACCCACAUUAUUUCCAGUACAUAUACCUGUAAGCAGAUUUUCCUGAAAUCACAACCUCGCAAAUUUUUCUUUUUAAAAAUUGCAAUAAUAAAGACAUGUGAUAAUUUCUGAAGUUACAGUAUAUAUCUACUUGUAUUUUUAUUUCCUUUUAAAUGCCACUGGACGUUAAGCAACCAACAAUCAAUCAAACCUUUUUAAUGUAUAGUUCAUCUUAAUAUGAUCUUUAAUCUUUUACACACAUUGGUGAAACACCUUAUUAUAUACAGAUUUAUUAGUACAUUUAUUAGAAUGAAACUUGAUAUAAUGCAAGUUAUAACUUAGGGAUGCUAUAAAAAUCACUUUAACUGAAGAUUUCAGUCAUCAUAUUGAUGCCUUUUGGGGUUUAAAGAUUGCAUUCACGAAAUCAAAACCCUUAUGUUGCUAGCUUGAUAGUUAUUAAUAUUUCUACUUAUAAGAUUAAAAAAACAAAGUGCAUUGAGCACAACAUUCAAUACAUCCUAUUCAUGAACAUAAGUCAUUAACAUAAGUAAAGCUUUAGAAUUUAAUAGAAAUAUACUCUUUUGUAAUUUAAGUGAUAUAGUUAUUCUUUUGUUAAUAUGUCUGAAAAUGAAAAAUUCAGUUUUAUUUUGAAAAGCAAUGAUACUGACAUUUGUACUGUAUGUGAAGCUUGAACAUGCAGUCAUUUGAAAUAAACAAAAUGUUGUUAAGAACUGUUGUAGUAUUAAAGUUUAUUGUAAUAUCUAGUUAAUAUAGUAUGAAUAACACCUCCUCAUAAUGUAGAUAUAAAAUGUGUCUCUUAUCAUUGGGAAAAUAUAUGUCUCUGUAUAUUUUUCUAUUUAUUUUUGUUUAUUUUUGUAUUUGUAUUUUGUAAAUGUCAACUGGUAUCAUUCUUGUAUUGGAAUUUACACCAAUAAAAUUAUUUUAUUUUAUUUGA